GGGCGGUGAGGGGCAGCUUUGGAGGAAGUUGAGGAGUGCAUGUUGAAUUUGAGACAUCUAAGUGGAGACUUUGAAUGGGCAGUUGGGUAUUCCAGUCUGGAGCUCAGAGGAGAAGUAUACACACUGGACAUUUAUGUUUGCAAGUUGCCAGCAUUUAUAUGGUAUUUAAAGCCAUGAAACUAGAUGAGAUCUCCAGGAAGGUGUAUAGUGAAGAAUUCCAAACACUGAACCCCAGGAACCCUGUAGAGGUCAGGGAGAGGGAGAAGAACCAGCUGAGAGAGGCUGAGAUGAUGUGGCCAGUGACAGAGCAGGACCAAGAGGGUGGGAUCCUGGAGGCCAAGUGGACAAGGCGUUUCCUGGAGGAGGAGGGAGUGAUCGGCCGAUCAGCUGUGCAAGUCAAGUAAGAAAAGGACUGAGGAUGACCAUUAGUUUAGUAACAUGGAGGGAACCGGUAACCUCCUCACUAGAGAGAGGAAGAAUUUUAGUUGUGAAACUGAUGUAUGACUCAUUACAAGGACAAAUUUAAGUUUUAGGAGCUUUGUUUUAAAAAGCUACUCUUCAGUUUCUCAAAAGGUUAUAGAAUUACCAUAUGAUCCAGUAAUUCCAUUUCUAGGGCAUACCCAAAAGACUUGAAAGCAGGAACUCGCAUCCUAGUAUGCCAAUGUUCAGAGCAGCAUUACUCACAGUAGCCAAAGGUAGAAGCUACUGAAAUGCCUGCUGACAGAUGACUGGUUAAGCAAGAUGUGGUAUAUACAUAGAACAGAAUAUUAUUUAGCCUUAAAAAGAAAUGAAAUUCUAAUACAUGCAACAACAUAUAUAUAGGUGAACCUGGAAAACAUACUAAGUGAAAUAAGGCAGGUACAAACGAGCAAAUAUUGCAUGACUCCCACUUACAUAAGGCACCUAAAAUGUCAAACUCAUAAAGACAGAAUGUAGAAUAGAGGUUAUCAGAGGCUGGGGGCAGGAAGGAAUGGAGUGUUAUUGUUUAGUAAGUACAGACUUUCUGUUUGAGAUUAUUUUAAAAAUUUCUGGAAACAGAUAAGAGGUGAUGGUUGUACAACAAUAUGAAUGUUGUACAUUGUACAACAAUAUGAAUGUACAAUAUUAAUGCCAAUGAACUUUACACCCAAAAAGUUUGGAAUGGUAAAUGCAUAAUAAAAAGAAAGUAUAGGAUGCAGACAGAAUACUGUCUAAAGAGAAAUUGGUUAUAUAUAUAUGUAUGCUUCGAACAUAUAUAUUUGAAUAAAAUCAAUGAAUGAGCAAAAAAAAAAAAAAAAAAAAAACAACCCACCAUUUUUUCACUUAUUUCUAACCUAAGAGCUAAGCUUGCUUGAGGCAUCAUCUGAGAUUGGCUUUCCUUGUAGAUCCUUUAGUACAUGUUUGUUACACUUUUUUCUUUCUUUCUCUUUUUCUUUUCUUUCUCUCUCUCUCUCCCCCCUUUCCCUUCUUCUUCUUCUUUUUUUGUUACACUCUUUUUUUUUUUUUAAUGUUUAUUUCUGAGAGACAGAGACAGAGAGACAUUGCAUAAGCUGGGGGGAGAGAGAGGGAGACACAGAAUCCGAAGCAGGCUCCAGGCUGAGCUGUCAGCACAGAGGGGCUCGAACUCAAGAAAAGCGAGAUCAUGACCUGAGCUGAAGUCGGAAGCCCAACCAACUGAGCCACCCAGGUGCCCCUGUUACACUCCUUUUUAAUGGCACAAGCCUUAGCCAUUGAAGUUGAAGAAAAUAGUAUUCUUUUAUAAAGGUCAUUAUCAUCAGGAGGGCAGGAGAAGAGUCAAUUGUUUGAGAUUGAUCCAACUAAUUACUAUUUUUGGAAAAAGGUUCAUCUGUAAAAUAUUUACAUUUUAUAUCUAUUAAAUAAAUGUAUUCCAUAUGUAUUAAAUAUAUAUUCAUUCAGGAAAACGUUUCUCAUACAAUGACCCUUGAAAAUAAUGUUCCUUGAGUUCACAUGUUAAGUAUUUUCCUGCUAAACCAGCAUUUUUGAUAAUUUAGCAGAGCCGAUACGGAGCAAACCUUGAGUACUGGAAGGUUUUGUGGCACAGCAUAUUUAAUAACCGUGACAACUCAAGAAUUUUAAGCAGACUCGCCUCCUUGUCUGGGAUCUGUCGGCACCAGUGUGUCUCUACUGGCAAGCCCCUAAAUGUACUGUUUCAGCCAAAACUGUGCUAAUGAUGGUCUACCAAAUUUUAACAGGAUAUUUUUAAGACUUGAUAGUCUCAUGAUUUAAAAAAAAAAACAAACAAAAAAACGAAAAAACAAAAACAACUUUUCCGUCAUUCCUUUCAAAAGCUGCCGAUCUAAAAUAUGUGGCAAAUUAAAAAAACAAAAGGUCUAAAAUUGCUUUACAGUCUGGAUGAAACAAAGACUGGUGUGCUGGUGUGGCUGCAGGGAGCUCUGCGCUGCUUUUGUAUGAUUUCAGAGGUGAAUUUAGAUGGCUGGAAGAUAGAUGGGUGCCAGAUGCAGUUUGACAUAGAUUCAGGCAGCUGCUCCUGGGCUAGGUUUCAUUAGCUGGUAAGUGCGCCAGCAGAAGCAGCAGAGCGAGGCCCCAAAUGCCAAAAUGACAGUGAGAACAGUGGAACAAUACAAUAUUCACUAAGUGAUUUUAAUCUUGGAGAUUAACUAUCACCCAAUCAGUUUCCAGGUCUUAAAAGCCAACUCGUACGAAGCCAUUAGAGGGCCCAAGUCUUUGUCCAUUGGGGGGAAAGAUGUUUUAGUUAAAAAAAAAAAAAAAAAAAAAUAGUUGAAAAACAAAAAGUGUUGUAAACUCAUUUUGGUAAUAUCCGAUUAAAAAUCAUGUCAACCCCCUCCACACACACGCUGCGGUAAAAGAAAUACAUCCACUGUUGCAACCAGGCAGUAAGUGGACCCAAUGUUGGUUUAUCUGUCUUUUUCAAAUCAAAGUCUUGGGUGAGCUUCCCAGGCCUCUUCCAGCUUUAAGGGCUCCCUCCCCCACCACUACCACACCCAUUCUUCAAAGAAAGACCAAGGUCUCAAAAUCCAGAGAGUGUACCUAUUUGCUUUUCAGACCUUAUGAUCUGCAUAGCUAGUGGUGAUUAUGUACGCAGCCACAUAAUUGUGAAUUAAAAAAAAACAAUUCCUAUAAAGAAUUUUUGCUCUAACUGCUUGUGGGGUCAUAAGUAAUUAUGAAACUGACUCCAGAAGUCCCCAUACUUGAUUUUAACUCACAUGUUUUCUCAGAUGUGAAAGGGAACCUUUAUUUAGUAUAUUAUUUAAACUUACUAAACUUAUCUUUGCUUUUCUGAAAAGAGUGUUAUGAUCUAAUCUAUCAGUGAUGCAACCAUUUCAUGUGGAGUAAUUUUUUAAGUUAAAAUUAACACAAAAUAAAUAAUUUGAUUGGACAUGUACAUAUUUGAAAACUGUAAAUUUAACCAGUCUCUGCUUUUUUUAUUGAGUCGUAGGAAGCUAAUGCAUCACUUAUAAUAACUCUGAGGCAUUACACGGUAUUUCUUUUUUUUUCCUCCAAAUGAGUGUGUGCUUGGCUCUCUUAAUAACAAUGGGAGUUAUAUAUGUGCUCAAAUAAGAAUAGCGUCCAUUGUGUUUUGGUAUUUUUAGUGUUUUGCUUAGUAAUAAUGUUGUGACACCACUUUUUGGGGGGGAUGUCUACAGAAUGGUUAAAGACCUAGAAAUAAGCUCGGAUUGAGUUAGAAACUCUGUAUAUUCAGGAGCACAUUCUAAUGUUAACUAAUGGCUAUAUGAUAUCCUACCAAGUUUGAAUAUAUUCUGGACUUAAGUAUGUUGCAUACAUGUUCUUUAAAGUUGAAUUUCCUUGAGUUAAAGCUACCCAUCUGUGAACUGAUAUUUGAAUUAAAGGGAAUAAUACCCUAGGUGACGUGGUUUUAGUUCCUGUAAGUCUUUGGGAGUUAUUUCCUAGUGACCAAAGCUCUGCCUCUCUCUUGCUUCCUUCCCUCCUUUUUCUCUCCCUUCUUCUACUGGUCUAGCACUGACGACUUCACCAUGUGGACCUCAGUAUUGAGACCUUUUUGUUUGUUUCACUGUACAUACUGCUCACAAGGCCUGCUCUUGCAAACCUCUUUGAUAACGGAUAUGUUCCUGAUAGUUAAAUGCGGAUGACUGGCCUAAUUUCUUAAAUGUGAAAGCGAGAAGGAGAAACUCUAAACUCUAAAUCCUGAGGAUAUAUGUUGGGUAAAGGAGAAAAACGGAAGUUUGACGAGCAUGAAGAUGGGCUGGAAGGCAAAAUCCUGUCUCCCUCCGAUGGGCCAUCCAAGGUGUCUUACACCUUACAGCGCCAGACUAUCUUCAACAUUUCCCUUAUGAAACUCUAUAACCACAGGCCUCUCACAGAGCCCAGCUUGCAAAAGACCGUUCUGAUCAACAACAUGUUGCGGCGGAUCCAGGAGGAGCUCAAACAGGAAGGCAGCCUGAGGCCGGUGUUCGCCUCCGCCGCCGCCGCCGCCGCCGCCGCCACCGCCACCGCCUCUCCCCCGCCCGACUCGCUGAGCGACAGCUACCGGGAGGCGGCGCUGCCCGCCCUCAGCGCCCCCGCGCCCCCGCCCGCGCACGCCUGCGACCUCGGGAGCUCUACGCCGCUGGACGCCUGCCUCACGCCCGCCUCGCUGCUCGAGGACGACGCCGACGACACGUUUUGCACUUCCCCGGCCGCGCCGCCCGCGGCUGCCGCCAGACUGUCGGCCCCAGCGCCCCCGCCGGAGAAGGACAGCUUCUCCUCCGCCCUGGACGAGAUCGAGGAGCUCUGUCCCACGUCUACCUCCCCCGGGGCCGCAGCCGCAGCCGCAGCGCCCGACAGCUCCCGAGGGGGCUCCGGCGCGCCGGGCGGCCCGAAAGCCGAAGACCCGAAGCUGAUGGACUCUCUGCCCGGGAACUUUGAAAUCACGACGUCCACGGGGUUUCUGACAGACUUGACCCUGGACGACAUCCUGUUUGCCGACAUCGACACGUCCAUGUACGACUUCGACCCCUGCACGUCUGCCUCGGGGCCGGCCUCGAAGAUGGCCCCGGUGUCGGCCGACGACCUCCUCAAGACUCUGGCCCCUUACAGCAGUCAGCCGGUCGCCCCGAGUCAGCCUUUCAAAAUGGACCUCACGGAGCUGGACCACAUCAUGGAGGUGCUGGUCGGGUCCUAAGAGCCCCGGCCCGGCGCCCGCGCCGCCCAGACCCUGCGAGUGUCCCUGCACCCCACAGCUCUCCGCACUGUGCAUGCACCCUUGCUUGCCUUUUUCAGAGGAAAAGAUCGUUUUACAAAAGGAUCACACUAGUUUUUGCUUUGAGCAGAGUUGGAGUGCCUUCAUCCACGUCUGACCACUUUUAAUAUGCUUUUUUUUUUUUUUUUUUUUGGAGUGGUCCUCGGAGACCUACUGCCCUGGAAUAGGAAAGAAUGCUUUUGAAGACAAUGUGGCUAUGCUGAAUGACAGAAAUAAACAGUUCAAGUGAAGCACAAGGAAUAAGUUGGAAAAGCUGUAAAUUGCAUGUGCAUAUUUGUCUAUUUUUUCUAUAAGUUUUAUUGCAAGAGGUAAAAAGAGAAAAUAUAUAUAUAUAUUAUUUAGAUAAUCUCAGUACCUUUUCUGGCAUUUUCGCCCUGUAUAGGUUGACUUGGCAAUUCAGCCUUUUUAGAGGCAUUAACUACUCCUCCUAAGUGUUGCAUUUACAUGGCUGUUUAGAAACUGCUGCCCAAAUUUAUUUUAUAUUUUUGUACAGAUUCUGCAGUUUAUGAUAUUGUUUUUCUAAAAACAAAUGCUGUUUAUACAUGAGAUAGCUAUUUUGAUAGGAUUUGCUCACAUAGUUCCUGCAAACUUCAGAUGUACAAGUUGCACUUGUACUUUUAUAGAGUUGUAAUGUUUUAUAUGUGUUUGGUGCAAAGAGAAAAUUGGGUCAAAUUAAUCCACAGUUGAUGUCCCCAAAUGCAAACACACACACACACACACACACACACACACACACACACACUCUCUGCUUUCAGAAAGGGCCAGGCAAUAUCACACCCAAAUUUCACAGGCACCAACCCCCUGGCAUGAACACCCGCCAGCACUGUGACUUCCAAAGCCAGAGCCGCGUCUGCUCAUCAAACUUGCAUUAAGCAGUUGGCGGGAGAUGGCCACGGAGCUGGGGGGUUGAAGUGAUGGUUCUCUUUAGCUCCCUCUCUUGAGGGGAAGCCUACCGAAUACUCACUGUAUUUAUGCCAAGUUUGUGCUUUUAAUUGUUUUUAUUUUUUUAAACAAAACCCCAACUCUUUCCCUUUUGGCGUAAUUUUUACGAUGACCGGAAAUUUUACAUGAGAACAAAAUUUUCUGAAAAUUAACCAACCUCUUUGUGGAACGAAACCCUAUUGCAGAUGCUUAGGGCUCGUAAGGAAGAAACUACCCCCAGAAGGCAUCCACCGUGUUGCUCAGUUGUCUUUUCCAGCUUCCCUUCCCUAGAGCUUUUGUUCCCUCUGUUGCUAAGUGCUGAAAAUGUCAUCUUCAUGAUCACCACAGCGAGCUCCGCUCACCUCUGCCCAGCCUGGGGAUGCUGUCUUGUAACAGCCGUGGCUCUAGAACCUGGAGUUGGUACCAUUAUGUCACAGCUUCCAAUCUGGUUGCUUCCUUGGAUCAACUGCUUUAACUACACUUUUACAAGGCUGUUUUACCCAAAUAACACAGACAGGACUUUCUAUGCAUGUUUCUCCUCCUUCCCCUUGCCUCCCUGCCACCCCCUCCCCCGCCCCCACCCGGAACACUUGAGAAGUCGCUCUUUAUUCCUAGUGGUGUACAUUUAAUUUUAAAACACUUGCAAUGUAUCAUGCUUGUUGCCGAAAUUGUUGGUGGCCUUUUCGUUUCAGUUUUUUUCUUUCUUCCAAUGGUACUUUAGCUGGUUACAACCUAUAUUGUUGAAAUGCAGAUGGCUUCUUUAGGAAUAACUUUUAUAUUUAUUUAAGAAUUUUUAAAUUAUGGGAUUUGUGUUAUUGUCGUUGUCUUUGUUGUUGGUCAUUUGUCAAUAUUCAGUCACCAGUUCUGCUCACUUCUUGCCAUGGAUAAAAAUUGAGUCCUUCUGGCCAAUUAAAAAAAGACAGCUUUAUAAAAUGGCACUUUAAACAAGCCAUAGAUAGUUUUAUUUUUAUAAUGCACAUGGCAAAGCAAACACAUUUGUGAUGAAGGAACUGCUCGUCUAAGCAAACGAUUUCUGUAUGAUAUGAUUAAACUUUUCUGUAUUCGAAUUUACUUUUCCCCCACUUGAAUGUGUUUUUAAAGGCUAAUUGUCAACUCAGUAGAGCAGUGAGAAACAGAUCAAAUUGCACUUGUUCUCCUACGAGCAACCUCUACCUGGACACCUCUUAACUGCUGCAGACGCGUCAUCUCCUUUGAUAGGACCGGGGACCAUAGAGUUAAGGUGAGGGUUGUUGUAGAUGCUUCCGGUGUCACUGUGCCUGUCCAUUUUAAGAGCUUCCUUUUCCUGUGGAGAACAAGUCAGCCCAGACGCCAUGCUUUCGAUAACGGGAGGACCCGGCGGGCUCGCCACAUGCCGCACACAUACACACACGUAUACAGACACAAUAGUGUUGAUUAUUCUGAACAAUAACAGGGGAAGGCGGUUGAUUUGCCAUUGUUAAAAACUGAUUUACAGUAACUUACAACAACUGUACUUUGGUUGGAUUAGCAAAUCGUGUGUUUAAACAAAUCCCAUAUGUUGGGCAACAGUUCAAAUAAGCACAGCAAAGUGUUGCCCAAACAUGGUUCUCUGACUCUCUCAUAUUUGUAAGGCUGGGCUUCAAAAUCAAAACAGAAAACCCCCAACAACAGCGGGCAAAUGCUUUUUAACUCUGGACACCCUUGCCACAAAGGCUUGACAUUGAAGGUCUGCUGAGGAAGACAUGGGAAAUCGGUGGCCCGUUUCUAAAAGAACAAAACCAUCGGGUGUUCAAGUUAUCUUAGUCUUAUUUUCACAAGGCGGUGUCCCAGUGGGGAAGCACGCGGGCCUGGCUGUGAUCUCCAAGUCCCUGUCUUGAGUGUGGGAUGUGCUUCCAGAUGCCACGGGGCAGCAGCGCCUUCCCCCUUUCUAAAGGACAUCGCGUGGCAUUCAGAGUCAGGCAGGCGGUUGGAGGUGCUUUUACGGGAAAGACGUGCCGGGUGGGGCUGGGAGAGGAAAAUUAUUGACAGUGAUGUGCAAUGAAGUGACAAGAUGAGAGCAGAAUAAUAAGAGCUUUGAAUUUGAAGUGAUUUUUUUUCAUAAGUUAUUUAUUCCUUUUUUUUUUCCAUGUAAAUAUAUUUAUUUUACUGUGGAGCUCUAACAACAUCUGGAUCGUAACAUGUGCAGAAUGUAUGGUAGGAAUGUAUUCUCUUGUAGGAAUGUCAAUCUGUAUUCAGAGGGGGUCCGAGCCAGACCCCUGGGUCUUCUCAUCGUGUAUGCUCAGCCCACAUUCAGUUUUCUCCUCUUCUCUCAUCUAGGUCUAUUUGAAAUAUGCAAAAGGUAUGGAUGAGGAAUGUUUCAAUACCUCCAAAUUUUUAAGAAAAUCAAGCAUCAAAGGGUUGAUAUUUUUAAAACUUUUUUUAGUAACACUUUCUCUUCCUGACAGCAGGGGCAAUCACACCGACACCCUCGUUCACACCAAAGGGUGGGAACUGGCCAGAGCCUCCACUGCACCUCGAGUGUCUUUAUCAAUUGAGCUUUUAUUGCCAUAUCCCCGUGGAAUAUCCCAACUGCCCUGAGGUCAAUCAAGGAAAAUUUCUUGAAUACAUAAGCUCCAAAGAGCCAAAGUAUCAUCUUACAGAUCAUUUUUAAAGCUUAAAUUUAUUAACCACCUUUGUGGUAAACAAUGAAUUAUGAAUACUGCAGGGCAGCCUUCUUAAAUGACAGAUGUAAAAAAAAAAAAAAAAAAAAAAGACUCUACUUUGUGCAGCGAUUGUUACCCGCUAUAUGAAUUGUCUUAGUUUCAAAACUUUGCUGUUACAUAUUGGACCUUUCUCCAUUUUCUGAGAAUAUUGAAAAGAGCAUAUUUAACUUGUUCUGGCUGCAAAUGGUUAACUUCCUGUGACUGCCAAAGGCAGCGAGGUGUGUGCGUCCUGCUUGUGUACAAUUGUUCUCAGUGCUUCUUAAGAGUGAAUCUAAAUGGUUCUUGAAAAUUAGCCAGGAUCAAAUGCUAUUGCAGACAAAGCCAAUAAAAAUUUUGGAUGUCUUUUGGGGAUACCAAGUUUGGAAGAGAAGUGCAGUCCAUACAAGCAAACAAGCUUUUGGAAAAGAUGUACAUAGUGACAUGUUUGGUGCAUGGUUUUUGAGGAAGGCUUUUGUCAAAAAGGAGGUGUAACCUUUCCCCCACAGACCUGAGAGCUGUGCCUUUUCUAUGCAAUAUUACAGACGUUACAUCGGAACCCAGAUAGCUGUAUUCACAUGUAGGUUUGGGCUGUAAUCUAAACAAUUGGACAGAUUAAAUGUACAUGGAAAUGAGCAGUCUUACUUUUGUAGUUUUAUAUUAUACAAUAAACAGUUAAAAGAUGA